CUUCACCAACCCGGAAAGGCAGGAAAUGCAAGUGGGACGGCUAGCCGCAGUAGCCCUGCUAGCUACCUAGCAAGCAAGCAAUGUUCUUAAUCACAAUGCAAUCAUUGGACGAAGGGAGGUGGACGUACGCUGACGCAUGGUACGUCAGCCUGUAACGAUUGCUUUUUUGUGGAGCCCGGGGUGGACAUGUCGACGUCGGAACUGGCAGCCGAGGCGGCUGUCGAAGGGCAGGGGCCAACCGAGGGUAAGGGUGAAGAAGCUGAAUCGGACGUGAAACGUGAUACUAACCAAUCAGAUGCAGGCGAGUUAUGUGAUGCCACGGUGACCGUUUCCAAGGAGACGGAGCCCAUGGGGGGCGUGCUGUCGCUGGUGAAGGAGGCGGCGAAGGGUGGUGAGGAUGGCGGGAAGUCGGGUGCCGCGGGCCCUGCCGCCAGCAAAGGCCUCAGCGGCCACGCAGCAAAGACCCUCCCUGCCUCCUCCUCCACCACCUCCUCCUCCUCUUCCUCUUCCACCAGCAGAGCCAAAAUGAGCGUUUCGGGUCCCGGCAGCAAACCUUUACCCUCCUCUUCCUCCACCUCCUCCUCCUCCACGCCUCCCCCAACAGCGGCCCCCCCGCAGCCUAAAAUCCACCGUGCCCGCAAGACCAUGAACAGGCCCCCGCCAACCCAGGUGAGAUGCUUGGAGUCGCCCAUUGUGCCCGUUCAGCCCACGGAAUCCUUCACCUGUCCCCCGUCGGAGAGCAGCGCAGCUGCAGCCAAGAGGAGGAAGGUGGGGUCUGACCUGGACUCCACAGCACCCCCUGCAGGGAAAGCAGAGAACUGCACUGUAGCAGAUAAAGAGCCUGUCGUAGAAACUCCCCGGGCGGAGGGGGCGGGACCAGUGGCCAAACGCCGCUCUGAUUGGGCGGAGGACUGGGAGGAGGACAUGGGGGAGGAGGAGUUUCGCCUCUUCUACAAUGACUACACGGCAGACGAGAGAGGGGACUCUGAUAGCAAGUCUGGUGAUGGAGGGAUGGAGGAACGAGCCAGCGAAGGAGAAGGGGAGUCUGGGAAUAUUUCUGAUCGCAGCUCAGGAUCUGACCCGCAGAUGAGGGGAGGAGCCAAGGAGAAGGGGAGGAGCGAGUCGCCAUGGAUACCGCCCGGGCGGAGGAUGAGGCGGAGAGAGAGGGGGAGGGAAGCGGAGACGGAACCGGAGGGAGGAGUAUCGGAGACGGUGGCGGUGGAGGGCGGCUCCAGUGAAUACACCGAGGUUCCGCUGGGCUCCCUGGACAUCGCGGCCGCGGACAGUCUGACGCUCUCCCCCCAGCGAGCGGACAGUGAGGGUGGGGAGAUGGAGCGGUUGGAGGAGCUGCCUCUGUGCAGCUGCAGGAUGGAGGCGCCUCGGGUGGAUGGGCUGAGCGGACCUGGCAACCGGCUCUGCAUGGCAACCGAGAGCAUCAACGGAGAGUUGGUGGGCUGUACCAACACCAUAGUGAAGGGGGAGACGAUGAGGCCGUCCAGCCGCGUGUCCCUCAUGGUUCUGUGCGAGAGCCAUCGCUCACACAUGGUCAAGCACCACUGCUGCCCAGGCUGCGGCUACUUCUGCAUCACGGGUACGUUUUUGGAGUGCUGCCCAGACCUGCGUAUCGCGCAUCGUUUCCACCGCGGCUGCGUUUCGGUGCUAGGGGGCGGCGGCGGGCGGGACAGGGGGCGGGGCAUGGCAGGCGGCCUCCUCUUCUGCCCCCACUGUGGGGAGGACGCCUCCGAGGCCCAGGAGGUCACCGUGCCGACUGCCUCCACGGCGACCGUCGUCACGGCGUCCGCCUCCACCACCACCCCUUCCCUCCCCCCGCCCCUCCCCUCCUCCCUCUCUCUCCACCCCCCCGUCGGGACACCCCCGCGGGUGAAGAGGGCUGUGGGACCCAGCAGUGCUCGUAUGCAGGGUCGUAGGGUGGUGCGGAUGGGUCCGGAGCAGCAGGUGCAGCAGGCUCCGGGUUCAGGAGGGGUGGAGGACGUGGCCCCACCAGGAGAGGGGGGCGUGGACAGCGUUGGCCCCUCCCUCUGCCUGCCCAAUGGGAGGCCGGUGUGCCCGAGCGCACUGCCGCCAGGGCCCAGCAGGGCGGCGCUGCAGAAGGCCAUUCUCAUCCAGGACACUGAGAGGAGGAAGAAGCUGAGGUUCCACCCCCGCCAGCUCUACCCUGCCGCCAAACAAGGGGAGGUCCAGCGCGUUCUGCUCAUGCUCAUGGAGGGUAUUGACCCCGCCUACCAGUCCGACUCCCAGAAUCGCCGCUGUGCUCUCCACGCUGCAGCCCAGAGGGGCCUGCUGGAGGUCUGCUACCUGCUCAUACAGGCAGGCGCUAAAGUUGACGCCCAAGACAAGACGUUGAGGACCCCUCUGCUGGAAGCCAUUGUCAACAACCACAUGGAGGUGGUGCGGUAUCUGAUACAGAGCGGAGCGUGUGUCUACCACGCCGAGGAGGACGGCUCCACGGGUCUGCACCACGCUGCGAAGCUCGGCAACCUGGAGAUCGUCACUCUGCUUCUGGGAACCGGCCAGGUGGACAUCAAUGCACAGGACAGUGGGGGCUGGACCCCCAUUAUCUGGGCGGCGGAACACCGGCACAUCACUGUGAUCAGAGCCCUGCUCAACCGCGGCGCUGAUGUCACCCUCAAAGACAAGGAGAUGAAUGUGUGUUUGCACUGGGCGUCCUUCGCUGGCAGUGUGGAGAUUGCUGAGCUGGUCCUGAACGCUGGCUGCCCCCUGUCCUCCGUGAACAUGCACGGAGACACGCCCCUCCACAUCGCCUCCCGCGAGGGCUACCAGGACUGCGUCACGCUGUUCCUGUCUCGGGGGGCAGACAUCGACAUCAUGAACCGGGAAGGGGACACGCCCCUCUCCCUGGCGCGAUGCGAUUCGCCAGUGUGGGUGUCGCUCCAGAUCAACAGGAAGCUGCGGAGGGGGAUAGCCAAUCGGGUCGUUCGCACGGAGAGGAUCAUCUGCAGUGAUGUAGCUCAGGGUUAUGAGAAUGUGCCGAUUCCCUGUGUCAAUGGGGUGGAUGAGGAGGGCUGCCCCUCCGACUACAAGUACAUCUCCGAGAACUGCGAGACCUCCACCAUGAACAUAGACCGCAACAUUACGCACUUACAGCACUGCAGCUGCACAGAUGACUGCUCCUCCAGUAACUGCCUGUGUGGGCAGCUCAGCAUCCGCUGUUGGUAUGACAAGGACCGGCGGUUGCUGCAGGAGUUCAAUAAGAUCGAGCCACCGCUCAUCUUUGAGUGCAACCUGGCCUGCUCCUGCUUCCGCACCUGCAAGAACAGGGUGGUGCAAGCUGGAAUCAAGGUGCGGCUGCAGCUCUAUCGCACAGAGAAGAUGGGAUGGGGCGUCCGGGCGCUGCAGGACAUCCCCCAGGGCAGCUUUAUCUGCGAGUACGUGGGAGAGUUGAUUUCGGACGCAGAGGCUGACGUGAGAGAGGACGACUCUUACCUUUUUGACCUGGAUAACAAGGACGGAGAGGUGUACUGCAUCGACGCCCGUUACUACGGCAACAUCAGCCGCUUCAUCAACCACCUGUGCGACCCCAACAUCAUCCCCGUGCGCGUGUUCAUGCUGCACCAGGACCUGCGCUUCCCCCGCAUCGCCUUCUUCAGCUCGCGGGACAUCCUGAUGGGGCAGGAGCUGGGGUUCGACUACGGUGACCGUUUCUGGGACAUCAAGAGCAAGUAUUUCACCUGCCAGUGCGGCUCGGAGAAAUGCAAGCAUUCCGCGGAGGCCAUCGCCCUGGAGCAGAGCAGGCUGGCUCGCCUGGAGGUCUGCCCGGAAUCCGUGCCCGAUCCUGGGCUGGCCAUGCUAGGAAACUCCUAGGCCUAGGCCUCUCCCGGGCCCGAGUCUGGUUCUUCCUGGGGCCUGAUCUGACCUGUGCGUGUGUGUGUGUGUGUGAGUGUGUGUACGUGUGUGAGAGUGUGUGUGCCCCUCCAUAUCUCCCUGUUGGUCAGUUGUGUCCUUUGUGUCAGCUGUUUUUUUUUUUUUUUGUUUUGUUUUUUGUUUUGUUCUGGGUGGAAGUUCCCUGGAAUGAGAGGACAUUAAGCCUGUUACCACUUCCACGUGAAAAAGAGGGCAGAUUUUGUGCCACUUUUUAAUGUACUGAGUGCCACUGCAGAUUCUCUAAACUCACCAGAUAACUCAGCUUCUGUUUUUCCCCCCCC